ACCCAGCGCACAUCAUGGGGAAGCUGCAGAGACCCGUUUGGCUUUUACCAUCACCUGCUGUGCAGCGGCGCACGCAAAGCGGACAACUCUGCGCAGUUUCCUCUAUUAAGGAUUGAGAUUCUGCAAAACUUUAGGAGGGUUGACAUUUGUAACAUCAGGACACGCUAGCAGCUCCAUGCAUGUGCUUUUAUUUUUUAAUCCGUCACCUCUUUAACCUGUGAGUAGCCCUGAACUUGUCCAAACUGCUGUCCUCAUCGAAGAUCUGCGUGCCGCGUUCAGCCCCGUUUAACCCUACACAUUUGGCCGGGAUGGACCAGCUCUAAUGUAAUUAUAAUGGCUUCUAAUCUUUUGUCUCGCAAUUGGGAUCAACCUGUUGUAAGUUUAUUGUAACAAAGAUCUAUCUCUCUCUCUCUGUUGCGCGCCGGUUUGCUUUUACGCGCAACGAUGAGUUCGGAUAAGCCAAACUUUCUAUCCCAGCCCGUCGUGAAGAACGUUUUCAUGUACAGAAACGGCGACCCAUAUUUCGAGGCUCGCCGAAUAGUGAUAAACCAAAAGAGGGUGUCCAACUUUGAGACUUUGCUGAGAGAGGUGACCGGCGGAAUCCAGCCCCCGUUUGGAGCGGUGAGAAACAUCUACACACCGAGGGGAGGCCACAAGGUGGACUGCUUGGAGAGCCUGCAGAGCGGGGAGCAGUACGUCGCUGCUGGGAGGGAGAGAUUCAAACGGCUGGAUUACCUACAGAUUGGCUCGAGAAGGAAGAGGAUGAUGCAGACUCUUCCCAUGCACAUCAAGCCAAUGCCCCCGAAUCGGAUCAUUGUGUCUGCUCGAUUCCUGAAACCCAUCAAGGAGCCAUGUACAAUAUUUGUGGUAGCGAAUGGCGAUGUGCUGAACCCCGCCAUGAGGCUGCUGAUCCACCAGAGGAUGCUCGGCCAGUUUGAAAGAAUACUCGAGAUGAUCACAGAGAAGAUGGGUUUAAGAGUCCUGGGGGGUGUCCGAAGUCUCUACACCUAUGAAGGCCACCAGGUGACUGAUGGGAAUCAGCUGGAGGGUGGUCAGCUGUAUGUGGCUGUGGGAAGAGAAAGGUUCAAGAAGCUGCCCUACAGUGAUCUUCUCUUCAGCAAACCCAGAGGGACAAGGAGGGUCAAUGGAAUGAAAGCUUACUCUCUACCGCCUAUCUACAGAUUCUCCAAGCAAAAUGGAAAUAGUAAGUCUAUGGUCCGGUGCAGUGAAAGUGGAGAUGGAGACUCCAAGGCUUCUCCUCCGUCCCACAAUGGCAGCAACAAGGACCACCUGUCCUCCAUCGUCAGAGAGAUCUCUCAGGCCAGACUCAUGUCCCUCAGGAAGAAGAGGAGUGGACAAAGCAUGACCCUCGGCAUCGCUGACAAUGAUGACGUGGAGUCAAAGGCUGAAGAUGUAAACACUGAGAACAAGACCCACCAAGACCACCCAGCUGAGGAGAAAUCUGCAGAUGAAGAUAAAAAAGAGAAGGGGGAGGAGGGGGAGGCUGCUGCUGAGAACACCACAGAAGAAGACACUUCCGCUAGCAAAGAAGAAACAGAGGAAAACAAGGAGACAAAAGAGGGAGAGGAAAAGAAAGAGGAAAAUGAUGAGCAAAAAGAUGAAAAAGAGGGAGAAGCAGCAACAGCAGGAUCGGAGGAGAAGGAGGAGGAGAUAAAUGAAGAAGUGAAGGAGGAGGAGAUAAAUGAAGAAGUGAAGGUGGAGGAGAUAAAUGAAAAAGUGAAGGAGGAGGUCACACAUGAGAGUAAGGAGGAGGUUAAGAUUGAGGAGCAGGAGUCCAGCAAUAGCAACAGCGAUAAGACCCAGGACAGUAAAGAGAAAGAGGAUGGAAGCCAUACAUCUUCUGAGGGUAAAAAGGAUGAGCGAGACGAAAGUGUAGAAGAAGAGAAGCAAGAUAAAGACAGUGGAAAGGGGGAGAGGAGCAGUGAGGAGCGAGUUAAUGAUGUAGACACGGGGGAGGAACAGAAAGAGACAGAAAACAGCAAUGACCCAGGGAAGACUCAGUCAGAUAACGAGACAAAAGAGGAAGAUAACAGCACAAGUAGCGGUAACCAGGAAGAAGAUGUGAGCAAAACAAAAGAGGGAGGUGCUAAAGAGUCAGGGGAAGAGGAGAGGGAGGUGAACGGGGAGGUCAACGGAGAAGAUGAUGAUGGGGAAAGUGGAGCGGAGCUGGACGUGGAUGAGAAUGCAGCCAAAGAUGCCACAGCAAGUGGAGAGAAAGAGGUGGAUGAUGGCAAAGACAAUCCAGAUAAAAGCACAAAAGAGAAGGAUUAGGUAAGAAAUGUGCUGAAAAUAGGGAGCAGUACUUCACAACAGGAUCAAAGCAUAAUGAAGGUAGCAGAGCAAAUUCACAGAACGCACAAGCAAGAAAUGUUUACCUAGACGGCCAUGUAGAACUGAAACAGUGUCCAAGAAAAUAGUAGAAGCUUUGAGCGGCUGCUAAAUGAUGUCAGGUUUAAGAAAAAAAAACACAACUGAAAUAUCAGGUAUGUAUUCAAAAGCUAUAUAUAUAUUCAUCAAAACAAUAUUCAUAACUAUCAUGUCUAAAACAGAUAAAGAAAAGCUUUAUAUUUAUUUUUGUUGUUUCAGUAUACACUGUCUGUGAGCACUGUAGUGACUGAAGCUGGGAGAAGUGAAAUAUAAUCCAUUAAAUGUUACAGAAUUAUGUUUAUUUUCAACAGGGAUGAUUAUCGUUGAUUGUUUUUCAAGAUUGUUUUGUAUGUAUGGUAUUUUUUGUCGAUUACCCAAAGAAGAAAGUGAUGCACAUGAACUUUUUUUUUUUAGUAAGUUUGGAUAAGCUAUGUGUAAUAUUGUAAGCAACUGUAUGUGUCUGAAUGUUACUCCAAUCAUAAUCCUUCAUCACAGUCAUUAUGUCUUAUGCAUAUUGGUUUAUUUACAUCUUCUAUCAGGCAAUAAUAAAGGACAUUUCAGUGAGAUACCUUAAGAAAACACUUGCUAUCACUUCAUUAUAAGUUCACUGUAAUCAAAUUUGUCAAAAUAUAAUGAAAAUAAAAACAAUGCAUUAAGUGUGUCAUCUUUUUUCCGUCAGCGGAUAUGAACAGUAUAGAUUUUACUAUAGACAGUGUUUGUCACACUGGAAACAAUCUGAAAAGUAAGAAGAAUUAUUUAAUUUAGGUUUGCUGAGUACUUUUUAUUUAUUUAUUUCAAAAGCCUGUACUUUGACUACAGCCUGAUUAUUUAAGUGAUGUACUUUCAUUUGGGUAUAGGUUUAAUACAAAAGUAGUUAUCUGAUAAAAUCAUUUAGCAUCUAGAGUCAAAUUAGUAAUCUGUAGUUAUUAUUGUUGUCGUUGGGAGAAGUAUUGGAAUCCUUUAAAGGUAGCAAAAUCACUAAAUUUCAUAA